GAGGGAAGGGCUGAUGCUGCACCAGCGGAGAGUGCGGGCUGGGACUGCGUUCCGGCGAAUCGCUGUUGCGUGCACUAUGGCUGGAGUGCCCACGGUCUCGCUCCCCGAACUCCGUUUGCUCCUAGCCUCGGGCCGGGUCCGGCUCUUCGACGUGCGAUCUCGGGAGGAAGCGGCAGCAGGGACCAUCCCCGGAGCUCUCAACAUCCCGGUGUCCGAGUUGGAAAGUGCCCUGCAGAUGGAGCCAGCUGCUUUCCAGGCUUUGUACUCCACCGAGAAGCCAAAGCUGGAUGAUGAGAACGUUGUUUUCUUCUGUCAGAUAGGCAAGCGGGGCUUCCAGGCCACGCAGCUGGCUCGAAGCCUCGGAUACACAGGGGCUCGACACUAUGCUGGGGCCUAUAGAGAAUGGUUGGAGAAAGAGGGUUAGGUAAAAGGUGACUACCUUAACUAAGGGUGAUGAAGAAGGGCCUGGCUUGCUGGGUUGGGCAACUCCUUACUGUGCUGUGCACACAAAGCAUCAAAUAAAGAGCAGUUGAUUAAAGUAA